CUUUAUUUCAUUCACCAUUCCGCCUUUAAGGUCAAGCUUCCUGCCGUCCCAUUAAGCUUUAGCUCGCUUUCCAUAUUGGCUCUCGACAAUCGCAAGCUCUUCCUUCUAUCAGCACUCCUCACAAUCCUCACUCUGCCUCUCUUCAGACCCCUCUUCCGCCACCUGCGCGGCCCUCCACAACAACGACACAUCACCAUGGCCUGGCGUUGCUCCGGGGCGACCAACACCGAGCUCAUCACCAACCUCUUCAAGAAUGGCCUCAUCAAAGACGCCCGCGUUAAAGAGGCAAUGCUAAAGGUCGACCGCGCCCACUACGCCCCCAGCUCCGCCUACGAAGACUCCCCCCAAUACAUCGGACACGCCGCCACAAUCUCCGCCCCGCAUAUGCACGCCUCGGCCGCCGAGUCCCUCCUCCCGCACCUGGCCCCCGGCUCCCACGUCCUCGACAUCGGCUCUGGCAGCGGGUAUCUCACCGCCGUCUUGGCUCACCUCGUCGGCCCCUCCGGCAGCGUCAUCGGCAUCGACCACAUCCAGCCCCUCGUCGACCUCGCGGACGCUAAUAUGCGGAAAUCGGAGUCAGGGCGGGAGAUGCUGGCGUCUGGGCAGGUGAAGUUCGUGAAAGGGGAUGGGCGGUUAGGGUGGAAGGAGGGGGCGCCGUAUGAUGCGAUUCAUGUGGGGGCCGCCGCGGCGGAGCACCAUGAGGUGUUGGUGGAGCAGUUGAAGGCACCGGGGAGGCUUUUUGUGCCAGUGGACGAGCGGGGGCAGCAAUAUAUCUUUGUGAUUGAUAAGAAGGGGGAUGGGAGGGUGGUGAGGGAGAGAUUGUUUGCGGUGAGCUAUGUGCCGCUGACGGAUGCGCCGGGGGCAUGAGGGGGAGUUUAGGGGAUGUGUUUUUCAGAGCUAUGGAUGAAUGGCGUCCAACUGGGAAGGUGUAAAUGACAAUGGGUAUUAUCUGGCUAAGGGACGAGGUUAUUCGGGGAAGAUACAAGCGACAUUGUGAACGGAGUCUGCAGGUAGUAGAUUGACUUAGGAAUAGGUAUACCAAGAAGAUAUGAACAAGGAGCACCUUGAGUUAUUAUCAGGUC